UCGCCCCCGAGGGCCAGGGGUUUCCUGCACGGCCGAUCUACGGCUCAGGGCGCCGCUCUCGCCCCCGAAACGGGCCAGAGCAGCCGAGCGCCUGGGAUUCUCCUAGGGGUUUGGAAAAGCAGCUGUGAUUUCACUACCGAAGGAAAAAAUGGAAACGGGAACUUGACGCCCGCGCAACCUGGCCGCGCCCCAGCCCUCGCUCGUACGCGCUCUCCGGGGGCAGAAGGCUUCGGGGAGCUAGCUUAGGCGGGUUCCUACCCCCGCCCGUCCCCUGCCGCCCUGGCCACCCCGUGCUGCGUCUCCCGCCCCGGCUCUAGACGCCUGGCCUGCUGGGGAGAGAGCGGAGCCGUGCGGACCACACAACUCGGAGGUCUUCCUUUCGUCUUUUCAGUUUCGCAAGUUGUGACCGAUUCGUGUGGCACUGAAUUUACUGGGUAGUGGCCAGCAUGUUUCAAAAGUGAAAAUGGAAGAGAAAAUAUGAGAGCACCCGUCAGGAUGUGAGGUGUGGGUCCUGCCACCACGACGGCCCCGGCGGCGGGGCUUGGACGCGGCCCGAGCGCUAUGUACAGCGUAGAAGACCUCCUGAUCUCCCACGGCUACAAGCUGUCCAGAGACCUGCCGGCGCCGCGCAAGGAUGAUGGCGAGGGGCGCCAGCCCGUGAAGUCCCGGGCGCCGGCGGGCCCCGGCCUGCUGAACGGGUGUGACGAUGGCCCUGCCGCCUCCCCACGCGGCCAGGCCUCGCUGGGGACCGGCCGCCUGAGCGAGCCCGACAGCCGCGGCCGCGGGCCUCGGGGCCUCGGGGAGCCCCCGAGCGCUGCUGCCGCUGCGCGGAUUUCCGAGGCUGGGCUCCGCCAGCAACCCCCGGCCAGCCGCAGCCAUACCUACCGGAGGAGGGAGCAAGAAGCCCGCGAGGAGCCGGCCCGGGCCCCCAGCCCGCCCGCGCAAGCCACCCAGGGGCCCCGGGAGGCUGGCGGAAGGUGCGAGGACGUGAUGAGGAAGGCACUUUGCGAGGAAGGGCUGGGACUGGCGGGUCCCGCCAGAUGGCAGAGCGUCCGCGUCGGAGGCCAGGCCCAGCCACGGAACCCAGGGGGGCAGAUGCCGGCUGGCGUCGGGGAGAAGCUGUUCCAAGACCUGUACCCGUGUGUGCUCGGAGGCCACGGCUUGACCUCCGAGAAAUCCCAUUCGCUGCCGAGGGUUCUUUCCCCCGAGAGCCUGAGCUGCGUGGAGAUUCCCAUCCCUCUGAGCGACGGGCACUUUCCAGGUGUCCCUCAAGUGGCAUUUCAGCCUUCAUUCGGUGCUCGCGAUUCGGAAGCCACCAGGAACCCCGAGAAGGGCGGCUCCUCGGCCCCCUUACCGCGGCCUCGGUUUGGGAGACCCCUCAAGCCUCCAUCUUACGGCUCCCACCAACACUGCAGGGCCGGCGGGGAAAACGGCAGCUACGCGGACAGCCGGCAGCCGGACUCGGCUGCCGCCCCCUCGGCCAAGGCGAACGACGCCGCCAGGCAGGAGCCGUGCGCGCCUGACCCCGGCCUGGAGCCCCCGGUGUACGUGCCUCCGCCCUCCUACCGGUCGCCGCUGCAGGCCGCCGCACCCGCCUGCCCGGGGGAGGCGCGAGGGCGGAGGCCCGAGGGCGGAGGCCGCCACACGCAGCGGCAGCCGGUGGAGAAGGCUGCUGCCGGCGGCCAGCCCCCUUCGGGCCCCCGGGGAGCCGAGGAGGAGCUGGGGCCCAGCCCGUGCUCUCCUGUCGGGGUCCUCCCGCAGCCCCGCCCCGCCACGGCUUGUGACGGCUCCGUCCUGUACAUCCCCUUCGACGACCCACGGAUACGACACAUUAGACUCGCCCGACCCCACGGGUUCUGGGAAGACGUGAAGCUGGACGGCCUUGUCCCUGCCACGGAGCCGGCGCCUGGAAGCCUGCAGCGGGAGGCUGUCGUUCGGGGCCCCUCGGGGAGCGAGAGCUGGCUGUGGGACCGGCUCCCCGGGGGUGGAGAAGAUGGUGGCUUUGCUGAGCACAGAGACGCCUGCGUCUUCACUCGGAGUCAGCGGCCGGACGUGCACGCAGAAAGCCUCGUCUCCUCCCCGAGCCCCCAGGGCGAGAGUACCUGUGAGAUACAAACCCAGCUCAGAAAGUUCGAAGCUGGGCUGCAGACCAAGAAAAGUUCAAAGAAAAAAAUGAGCGAGACGAUAUUUUGUUUGGUUUCCAUCCCAGUUAAGUCAGAAUCACAUCUGCCAGCUACAGAUACGAACAACAAUGACUUAAAACGGAACGUGGAUGAAAGGCCUGGGCCCGAGAAGAGCGCGGCUCUGCGAGAGCAGAGUCUGCUGAGUUUGUCCUCCACCGACCUGGAGCUGCAGGCGCUCAUGGGCGGCAUGACCGGGAGGACGGAGCUCCAGAAAUCAGACCCGGGGAGCCCCGGAGGAGACCAGCCAACAGACGACCCCAGGUUCCCACACCCUGUGAAACACCGAGCGCUCGCGUGUCCUGGCUCGUGGCCCGGGCAGCAGUACAGAGACCAGCAAACGCAGACCAGCUUCACCCAGGAAUCCCAAAGCCCGCGGCCCCUCCCUGGGGAGAUGUGGGGAGGGUCCCCCGACACCGCGCUGCCUCCAAGAUGUUUGGACGCCUUCGAGGUUCAGAUGCACGUGGCGUUGGCGUCCAGUGACCAGAACCAGAGGCCCGGGGCUCCUUCCCCGAAAGGCCAAGGGGGGCCCCUGAGCCCGUGCGGCGGCGGCACCAUCUCAGGGUCUUCCUCGCCCAGGAGCCAGGCCCCCGCACCAAGGGCCGGCCCGGGUGAGCCACGCGUGGACGGCCGUGUCCGCGGAGGCAGCCCGGUGCCCAGGGCCGAGGUUGUCAAGGGGGCGACCACAGGCCCCUGCAACAGCAGACAGCCGUUUGGGCAGUUCCUCCUGAAGCCCGUCAGCCGCCGCCCCUGGGACCUGAUCAGCCAGUUGGAAAGUUUCAACAAGGAGCUUCAGGAGGAGGAAGGGGGCCGGGACGGCGGCAGCGGCCGCGAGGACAGUGAGACAGAGCCGCCCUGGGGAGGCCGCAGCCAGCCUGUGUCCACGCGCCCAGGCCUCCUGGAGGGCCGGGCACCCGAGGACCCGGGGCCCAGGCCGGGGAGCGUCAAGGGCAAGCCCGAGAGCUGGGCCGAGGAGGCGAGGCCUUGGGCCCCCGGGCCCCGGCAGGCAGACGGCAGCGGGCGCGCCGCAGGGCCGUCGCCCCCCGGGAGCCGGAUGGCGGAGGGGCGGGACCGGGAGGUCGAGGCCGGGGCGCCCGAGCCGGCCGUCAGCCCGAGGCCUGUGAGACGAGCCGCGUCUUCCGGGCCGAGCGAUGCCGCAGCAGGGCCCCCGCCCGAUGCAGCGGAACCGAGGGCGCCCCCGCCGAGUCGGGAGCUCAGUGCUGCGGAGCUGAGCGCAGCCAGCGCGCCCAAGGCGGGCGGUGGGGGGCGGGGGACCACGGGGGCCCCCCUGUCCGUGGCUGGCAAAGCCCGAGGCCUGUCGGCGCCAGACUUGAGGUCUGUGGGGCUAACGCCGGGGCAGGAGCAGAGCGCCGGCCAGUUAGCGGGGUCUCCGGGGGAAGUCAGUGCACUAGAAAUCCCCCCAAACGAGUCCCUGCAAGCCAGGGCCGCCAGGAUCCUGGGCAUUGAGGUGGCCGUGGAGUCCCUGCUGCCAGGCGCCCGGAGGACGGGGCGGAGUCAAGACCCCGAGCCUGAGGGAGGCGCCCGCGGGCUUGAGGCCCGCAGGCGGGACUCAGCGGCCGGCCCAGCCCGGCGGUGUGACCCCGCCGCGUCCGCCGACGCCUUCUACAGCAGGAGGAGGUGUGGCUGGACCGAAAGCCCUCUGUUUGUGGGAGAAGUGGGCAGCGCCCGGCAGGCUCCCCAGGCCUCCGAGCCCGCCGGCGUGGACGGGGCUGUCCCCAGCAAGGCCCCCGAGCCUCCCCCCAGCCCCCAGGAGUGCCGGCCCUUCCAUCCCAAGGACGUGGGGACAAAGCCACCCUUCAGGUCCACCUUGUUCCAUUUUAUAGAAAGGACCCCAAAUUUGACAGCCUCCGAAAAGAGGCUCCGAAGCACGUCCAAAGUGAUUGAAAGUUUACAGGAGAAACUGGCGUCCCCCCCGCGGAGGGCAGACCCCGACCGCCUGAUGAGGAUGAAGGAGGUGAGCUCUGUGUCUCGGUUGAGGCUCCUGACCUCGCGGGGCGCGGACUCUGCGGAGGAGGCCGAGGACCUGAAGGCUGAGAGGGGCCCCGGGGCUCUGAGCGCCAGGCACAAUCUCUCUGACCCCAAGGGUGCCCCCCCGCUGGAAGAAGACGGGCAUCCGACAGCACAAAGGGAGGAGAACGGCGCUCAGGACUUCUGGUGCCCAGAUUCGUACGACCCUAGCAGAGUGGAGAGGGUGUGAUGACGCGCCAGUGGAGUGCGGGGCUGUCCUCUGCGAACAGAGUGAUCUCCGAGGUGGCCUCAGCCCCGCCGCCUGGGAGGAAGCUGGGACCCUCGCUGUGACAUCCUGUCCCCACGGCCGCCAGGAAACUCAUCAGCCGUAGAGAGUCACUCUGUGGAAGUAAAGCAGUAGUCGGUUGAAACCAUCUGUUUUUAUGGCACGAAGAGUUAAUACCUGUAUUUAGAAAAGAGUCACAAAGACCCUCCUUAAUGAUGGGUUUAGCCAAGCUGGUAAAGGAUUUGGUGUUAAUCUGGCUGUAUGUGAAAACUCAAAUGUGGAUGAUAUAAUGAAUGAUUUUUUAAAAGGACCGUGAAUGUCGUAAAGCCCCCUUCGCUUCCCUGUGGCCUGCGGUCCCCGCUCGUGUCACAGAGUCUGGGAUGCAGGCCACUGCUAGUGUGUCAGCACUUUGAGUUCUGGGGAAAUGUGAACGCAUAUGUAUGAUCCAUUUCUCAUCAGUCUGGCCUUCUGCUGAAGUCACUUUACGUAUAAGUAACUUGCCAUCAGAGAAUAAAGCCGAGAGAUUCAGACUUGUACCAUAAUGAACCAAGAGUGUUAUUUAUCUGGCAAUGAGAUGCUUUGAUCGUUUGCAAACAUGAUGUUGUCUGCUUUGCACUCAGUAUUAUCUAUUUUUAUUUCCUGUAUGGAUGUUUAGAAAUUCUUUAUAUGAAAAAUAAUUGCUGGUUUAAAAUAGACCAUUUUAACAAAGUAACUAUAUUUCUUUUUACAAAAACGCUAUUUUUCUAUGAUGUAAACAAUUGUGAGGUGGCAGAUUUUUAAGGAAGUUUAUUGUAUUUAAGACUCUGUAUCCCUUUGUGUGAGAGGAACCCAAAGAGGGUUCACAUUUGCUUUAAAGCAUAUAGCCCUUACCCGUUCACAACUCUGCUACUUUUAGUUUAUCUUAGAAAGAGAUGUCAAUAUAGGCAUUUUUCAGGGUUAAUAAAAUUAACUUUUCACAAAGAUUUUUUUACAAAGAGAGCUGUACGGUUAUAUUUGAAAAUAACCCUCUUAAAACCAGCCAACAUCCUUAAGACAAAUUUUUGCUGCCACAGCCACUAGAAUUACCAAAAAACAUAGUUUCAGCUUCGUACGUCCGUGGGGAUCCGCCCUGAGACCACCCCUCCCCUCCUCCCACCCCGCCCCUUUAAAGAAAUAUGUAUUUUUACCGAGAAUCAUCCUUAAUCAGUGUCUGCAUAGUUUUCAAAAGUGCUAGAGACGUUGUAUGUAUGCCAUUACAAAAGUAUUACGAGGCCUAUGUAUUCUCCUGUUUACUAUUGCAUUAACCUGCGCAAAGUUUAUGCAUUUUUUUAUGCGUUUGUCCCUUCUUUCUAAGUCGGGCGUUCUUGGGAGCUAACAUUUCCUGAAUGGUUUCUUGUCUCCUCCCUCCCUCCUUUUCCUCUCCUUUUUUUUUUUUCUUUUUCUUUCUUCUUUCCUUCUCUCUGUCUCUCUCUUUUUCAGAAACCACCUUAUCUAUUUUUAGGCAUUUCAAAUUCCUAAAAUGUGAACUAUUGGGUGGUCUGCAGUUUGGCCCUAAAACAACUCUGGGCUUUCAUGGCCUGUUUUUAUCUGUACCUUAUGAUUUUAUUUCAUCAGAACUUCAUGUAUUUGGAUGGUAAUAAACAACACAGAAUCCAA